UAUUCAUUAAUUUAAAAUUAUCUUUGCAGUCGAAAUAAUUAAAUAGAAUUCAAAUAAAUAUCAAUAAAUUUGCACGCUAAAAACAGAAGGACAUCACCAGCGUCACUAUUAAAUAUGUGUGGUAUUUAAAUUAUAUUUACUAAUAAUAAUAGGGACGAUUUUUAUUAUUUUUCCUAAUUCAUGAUUGUCUCAAUUAAUUUCAAAUAUAUAUGUACAUGCAUUUAAGUUACUUACAUUUAAGUUAUAAUGUACCUGAAAUAUGUUUUCUCUUAAAACUUAAAAAGAUAUAUAAAUACUUAAUUAAGUUAAUUAGAUUAUAUUGUAUAAAAAUUAUUGAUGUGGAAAUCUAUAACGCAAUCACAUACAUACUCGUGCAUGAAUAAAGUUUACACGAAGCUUUAAUUUGCCAACUCAAUUGAUACAUAUAAACGCAUUAUAUAACUAUAUUAUUCAAAGAUUUUUAUAUUUUAGUGAAAGUGUUGAUGCCAUUAGUUGGUUAAUUAUUAAUGAAAAUUACUAUUUCAAAUAUUAUAUUAUAUAUUUCAAAACAUAUGCAUGUAAAUGUUAUAUGGAAAUAUCUACAAAUCUGAAAAUAAUAUUUUGAAUUUAAUUUGCCAUUUGUUAGUAAACAAAAAGCUAUUUAACUUAAAAAGCAUUUACAAGGAAAAGCAUUAGCAGCACUUUUGCUUUCAACUAAACCGAUAAGACACAUACAUAUUUAAAAAAAAGAAAAACUUGGAGGGCAAAGCAACACAAAUUGUAAUGCACAUAAAAAUCCUUAAAAAAUGUACUCAUAUAACAAGGAGCUUAAUCCUUGUUUGCCAACCUGCCACAUUUGUAUUUUAUAAGUAACCUAUUUAUUUAUAAAAUUAUAAUACUUAAUAAAAAUUUACUUUAAGAUAUGGAAUUCUUAAUUUCAACAUAUUUUUUAUACUCAUUUGAAUGCCUUACUUUUAUUAACUACAUUUGAUUGCCUUAGUUACGCUUUAAACCACCUUUAAGUCGCCUUUUCUUGCGUUAAAUAUAAUUUAGACGAUAUUUGUUACAAUGAAAAACAAAAAAAAAACAUAUAAGUGUUUGUUUACAACAUUUCACUUAACACUUAGUAAUCACAAAUGCAACACAUUAUACUCAUUUCAAAUCAAUGCAAAAUUAAUAAUACCAAAAAGUAAAAAAAAGAAACAAACAAAACAAAAAAAAUCAAUGUAUGUAUGUAACACGUAUUUAAGUGAGCGAAGUUUACCAUACGAAUGCGAAAAAGUAAUGGACUGAAAUUUAAUAGAAAUACAAAUAAAAACUGAAAGAAAAACAAAAAAAAAACAAAACAUAAAAGCAUGAAACAACUGGAAAAUCCCAAGUUCAUCAAAGAACUAACAUGAAUACACAAACUAAAUUUAAAAAUAAAACAAUUUUAAGCAAAAUAUAAAAGCCUAAACUGUAUUUUCUAUAAAAGAACAAAAACAAAUAUAUUUGAGAAGCGCAUUAAAGCGAGAUGUCAUUUAGUGUAAAUGUAGUUUAAAAUGUUGUAAACGCCCUUUUGCAAAUACAAAACUAAAAGAAAAAAAAUUAAUAUUUAGAACACAGCUAAAAAGCUAAUUGAGCAUUUUUGGCAAAAAAGAGUAACUAAAAGAAUUUGAACUUAAACAAGAAGAAGAAAAAAUUUACUAAAUUAAUUCAAUAAUUACAAAAUUUUAGUUUAGAUAAUUAAUAAUAUUAAAAGAAAAUUAAAAAGACAACAACAGCAGAUACUAAACAGUAGUAAAGAAGAAGCGCCAAUAAUUAUUUGCGCAUUUUGUAGUAUGUCGUAAUGGUAAUAGAAGCGUUCAAAAGUCAUUUACAAGCAUACCUAAAAACUAAGAACUAAAUAAAAAUACCAAAAGAAAUGAAGUUAAAAGUAGUGCAGUCUCUAAAUACUGCUGCUGGGUAAUGAUAAUUAAAUGUCAAAUGUGUUUUUAGUUUAAAUUAUAUUUCUGAAUAUUGAAAAUAAACAUCUUAAAAUUAGUUUAAAAUAAAAUUUGUUGGGUUUUGACUUUAUUUGAAAUGGACGAGAAAGAUAUUCUUGCACCCAUGAAUACCCCCGCUUAGCGAAAAUCGACUGAAAAACAUUUGUACGCAAAUUUUCGGCCUCAUACUAUAGUACAAAAUGAAAAAUAAAAGAUUGAUGCACCCACGAAAUAUAUUUCGAACUCCGCCAGACUACACGGAGUUGGCAAUAAAAUAUAAAGAAUUUCGAAAAGUGUGCAAAUUGGAGCUCAAUGGAAGAGUUUGUAUCGAUUACCGCAACGAAUCCACAUUACGCGCACUGACUCAAAUGUUAUUGGAGGAGUAUUUCCAGUUACGUGUAGAAUUCGCACCUGGAAGUCUUGUACCAACUUUGCCGCUUCGUUUGAAUUACAUUCUAUGGUUGGAAGAUCUGAUAACAUCACUCAAGCUUGCAGAUGCAGCAGAUGUGCGUGGAAUAGACAUAGGUUGCGGCUCUUCUUGCAUCUAUACGUUAUUGGGAGCACGUAAAAAUUCUUGGCGUAUGUAUGCACUCGAGUCAAAUGACGUUAAUCUUGAAUUCGCGCGAAGUAACGUAAAGUGCAACAAUUUAGAACAUUUAGUGGAAAUAUUCAAACAGACUAAUAAGCUAAUCAUCUUUAAAGAUUUUUUCGACUCCAAGCCAAACGUAAACUUUCAUUUUUGUCUUUGUAAUCCACCAUUUUACGACUCAACGUUACCCAAUCCUUUUCACGGGAAGACACGAAAUGAAGAUAAGCGAACGCCGCCACAUAAUUGCCACACAGGACAUGAUGAGGAGCUAGCUUGUGAAGGCGGAGAGGUGCAGUUCGUGCACCGAAUCAUUGAAGAAAGCGAAUUAUAUCCGGAACGAAUUGGAAUUUAUACAUCCAUGUUGGGCCAUAAAAGUAGCGUUGGGCGAAUUAUAGAAAUUUUAACGAAGAAACAAAUAACAAAUGUGUCUACUACGGAAUUUUGUCAAGGCAAUACGACGCGUUGGGGUAUUGCUUGGAGCUUUAGUAAAGAUUUCCAGCUUGAUGCUCAUUCAUCGCUUAAAGUGUAAGAAUAAAAAUCCAUUAGUAGAUAUAUAUGAAAAAAAUAUAAAGGAUAGCAUAUUCGACUUGAAUAUUUAAUAAUGAUCAGGAGUUUUGAAAUGUGAUGAAAAAUUUUGUAAAAUAAAGAUUUUGUAUAUAUAA